AUGUCCGCGCCGCAGCGAACAACGUCGCUACGAGACUCCUCCGCUGAGUUGGAGAGGAUGGAAGGCACCGGUAGUUGGGACGACUCUCUCGACUGGUUCAAACUCGAGGUGCAGCACCCUGCGUCGCGCUCGGUUUCGCCUCACGCUAAUUACAAGUGCUUGCUUGAGGCAGAGCGUGUUAUAGUCGAGGGACGUGGUGUUGUUCUUGUUAAUACUGAUGAGGCAGGUACCUUGAUAGUGACUAAUUUUCGUCUUAUUUUUCUGAGCGAGGGAACAGAAAAUAUUAUUGCACUCGGCACGAUUCCGCUAGCAACAAUUGAGAAGUUUAGCAAAAUGGUUGUAAAAAAUCAGUCAGCCCCUCGUCAAUAUGAGAAGACUCCAUCACAGCGUCUUCUCCAAGUCAUUGGGAGAGAUAUGAGAAUUAUUGUUUUCGGUUUCCGGCCUAAAACAAAGCAGAGACGGACUGUAUACAAUGUUUUAUUAAAGUGCACAAAACCAUCAAGGCUCUGGGAUCUUUAUGCUUUUGGCUGUGGACCGUCCAAAUUUACUAAUGCUAACCCAAAAGUACGGUUGCUGAAUGAGUACUUCCGUCUUCUUGGAAAAGACUUUUGUAGUGCAUCAAUGGAUAUGAUCGACAAAGGGUCAUACACUAUGUCUAAUGAGUUGUGGAGAAUCAGUAAUGUAAAUUCCAACUACCUAAUGUGCCCGAGUUACCCUUUUGCCUUGAUUGUUCCAAAAUCCAUCAGUGAUGAAGAAGCACUCCAAGCAUCCAGCUUUCGUUCCAAGACUCGCUUACCCGUAGUUUCUUGGUGUGAUCCUGGAACCGGAGCAGUCCUUGCACGUUCAUCUCAACCCUUAGUUGGUCUAAUGAUGAAUAUGAGGAGCAACACAGAUGAAAAGCUUGUUGCAGCACUUUGCUCUCAACUUGGUGGUGAGAAAAAGGGACGGAGGGAGAGGAGUUACCUUCUUGAGGUGGGAAAUCCCAACCAUUGUACUGGACCUGAAGCCUUGAAGCUUGGCUGCAGGAAGUUAUAUAUUGCUGACGCAAGACCUAGAAAAAAUGCUUUAGCAAAUGUGGCAAUGGGAGGUGGCUCAGAAUCAUCAUCUCACUACUUUCAAUCUGAGGUAGUUUUCUUUGGGAUAGACAACAUACACGCUAUGAGAGAGAGUCUUUCUCGGCUUAGGGACUAUUUAGAUACUCAUGGCACCGCUUCAUCAGAUGGAACGUUAUCACUCUUGAGACAUGGUGGCUGGACCUGGGGUGGAGGCAACCUCAGCAGUAUGUCUGCUUCUGUGGCAACCCUUGGUGACAGUGGUUGGUUAAUACAUGUUCAAAGUGUCUUGGCUGGUUCAGCUUGGAUUGCUGCUCGUGUUGCUUUGGAAUCAGCAUCAGUACUUGUACAUUGCAGUGAUGGAUGGGAUAGAACUACUCAGCUAGUUUCACUUGCUAAUUUGUUGCUUGACCCUUACUAUCGGACAUUCGCUGGCUUUCAGGCGCUUAUUGAGAAAGACUGGCUAGCAUUUGGUCAUCCAUUUGCAGAUCGUAUGGGAAUGCCAACUGUAUCUGGAAGCAGUGAUAAGCCUCAUGAUUUAUGUAGGCAAUCUUCUGUUGGGAGUUUUCCAUCAUCACCCAUGCGUCAGUCAUCAGGAUCAUUUGCGCCUCAAGCUCCUAGUUCCUCUCAUGCCCAGAACCAAUAUUCUCCUAUAUUUUUGCAGUGGAUUGAUUGUGUUUCACAAUUAUUGCGGAUGUAUCCCUUUGCUUUUGAGUUCUCCUCGGCUUUCCUGGUGGAUUUGUUGGACUGUGUGCUUUCAUGUCGUUUUGGUAACUUCUUCUGCAACAGCGAGAAGGAAAGGGAGCUCGUUGGUGUCUCUGAAGCUUGUGGAUGCUUGUGGGCUUAUUUGGCUGAUUUGCGUUCUUCAGAAGGAAGGUCUCAUGUGCACUAUAACCUUUUCUAUGGUCCUUUAAAACACAAUGGUCCAUUGUUACCUCCAGCAGCAGCUUUAGCCCCAACUCUGUGGCCCCAAUUCCAUCUUAGGUGGUCUUGUCCUUCAGAAGCCCAAGCUGGGGAGCUUGAAGCUCAAUGCCGGAAUAUGUCUAUAAAAUUCUCUGAACUACAGAAGCUUGUGUCAAAUAACUGGCCAGGCAAAAGAAGGGGCAGAGAAAAAGCUAAAGCAACCGCAAUUGCCAUGGAAUCAUUAUCUGCAGAAUUACGGAAUGAAAAGCAACUCAGUAGCUCUGCAAUGGCCUUGGCCAAGAGGGCCAGCAAGGAAACUGCAGCCAUAAAGCGAGCCAUACAGUCAUUGGGGUGCAAAGUUCAUUUUACUAGUGGUAGUGGCACAACUGUUGAUAUCGAGACCAGCCCUAUGGGAAUUACACAGAAAUCCGUGUUUUCUCAUUCAAGAGAAUCUGAUGGUAUUGUGCAGCAUGAAGAUAAGUCAGACCUAUCGAUUUCCAUUUCAGUUGUGGCAGAUGAUGUCGUUUCUGACAAUCCACUCAGUCGAGUGUGUGAUUCUUUAUGCCCUUUACGCUCAAGAGAUGGGGGCUGCAGGUGGCCAGAUGCUGGUUGCGCUCAACUAUGUAGUCAGUUUAUUGGGGUGAAGGCAGACUACGAUGCAAUUGAUAGUCUUUCUAUAUUGGAAACUUAUUUUCAGACACAAGCUCUCAAGCAUAGGGUGAUUGCAGAACCCUCAGAUUUUGGUAUCGGGACUGUUCAUACAGAGAACAUAGAGUUAGUCGUACACUAUCCUUAG